CUGAAGUGCUGAGCAAGUUUGGAAUUACGACUAUGACUGUGUUUGAGUAUUGACCGUAGUGAUUUUUCGAGCUUUAAACAUUUAGUCUUAAACCUGUGUUUCAAAGGGAUAUAUUUAAUUAACAACGAUGUUUGUCUCACUGACAUGGUUGACAGCUCUGCUGGCGGGUAUCUUUUCAGCGCACGUUACGCAAAGACUGUGUUUUCCAUACUUCUGGAAGGACCUUUUCUAUCUGACGAAAGUGAUUAGAUAUGGAAUUCGGCUAGAAAUAUACAAAAUGACCUCCAGGGUUGUGACUGUCAUUGACAGAUUUGUCCAGCAAGCGGAACGAGUUCCCAAUAAACCUUUUUUAAUUUUCGAAGGAAUUAGUUAUUCUUACAGAGAUAUUGAUGAACGAAGCAACAAAGUGGCGCGGGUGUUUGAGGAGCAAGGAACCUUGAAGAAAGGAGAUACAGUCGCUCUGUUGAUGAGCAACGACCCCGAUUUUAUCUGUGUUUGGUUUGGACUGAGCAAACUGGGGUGUUCCGUAGCUUUCCUCAACACGAACAUCAAGUCAAGAUCACUGCUACACUGCUUCAACUGUUGUAAUGCCAAAAUACUGGUUGUCGGUGCAGAUCUUUUGGAGACAUUAGAUGACAUUCUGCCAAGUCUUCAGAAGGACAAUAUCUCAGUGUGGGCACUGAAGAAGGACUGCUCUUACCCUGGAGUCCACUCCCUCCUGGACAAAAUGGAGAACACUCUGAGUCAGCCAAUCCCAGCACAGCGAAGAGCUGCCACCUCCCUCAAGACACCCACUCUGUACAUCUUCACCUCAGGCACCACAGGGCUACCAAAGGCAGCUGUCAUCACCCACUUGCAGUCUCUGAAGGCAGCGGCUGGGUUUUGGGCAUACGGGGGUACUGAGGAUGAUGUGAUUUACACACCCCUGCCUCUUUAUCACAGCGCAGCCUCACUCAUUGGCAUUGGAGGCACCAUUGAGAUGGGUGCCACCUUAGUUCUGAAGAAGAAAUUUUCAGCCUCCCAGUUCUGGAAUGACUGCAGAAAGUACAAUGUGACUAUCUUCCAGUAUAUCGGAGAAUUGUGCCGGUAUCUGUGCAAUCAACCAGAGGCAAAGAAUGAAAAAGACCACAAAAUACACAUGGGUGUGGGAAAUGGGCUCCGUCAGGACGUGUGGCGUGAGUUUCACAGACGCUUUGGGGAGAUUCGCAUGUGUGAGCUUUAUGGUUCCACUGAGGGGAACCUCUGCUUCAUGAACCACGUCGGCAAGAUUGGCGCCGUGGGACGUUCCAACUUCUUCUACAAGCUUCUUUUCAAGUAUGACUUGGUGAGGUACGACAUGGCGAGGGACGAGCCUGUGAGGACUGAGCAGGGCUUCUGCGUGCGCGUGAAGAAAGGAGAGACAGGUCUGUUGCUGUCCAGAGUGAAUAUCAUGAGUCCGUUCUUUGGUUAUGCGGGGAGUAAACAGCUGACAGAGAAGAAGUUGCUGCGAGAUGUGUUUGUGAAAGGAGACGCCUACUUCAACACAGGUGACCUGAUGGCUGAGGACCAGGACGGUUUCAUCUGCUUCAGGGAUCGUGUUGGGGACACUUUCAGGUGGAAAGGGGAAAAUGUGGCAACCACAGAGGUGACAGAGAUUCUGGGGCUUGUUGACUUCAUUCAGGAGGCCAAUGUGUAUGGCGUGGAAAUUCUAGGAAGUGAGGGCAGAGCUGGAAUGGCUGCAGUGACAGUGAGGCCUGAGUAUAGUUUUGAUGGGAAGAAGCUGUUUGAGCACGUCUGCAGAGAACUGCCCACGUACGCUCGCCCCCUCUUCAUCAGACUCCAGGAGUGCAUGGAGAUGACGAGCACCUUCAAGCAGCAGAAGUUCCGACUGGUGGAAAGCGGCUUCAACCCAGCCACCAUAACUGACCCGAUCUUCUUCCUUGACUACACCACCAAGUGCUACAUUCCACUUACGGACUCCAUCUAUCAAAGCAUUCUGAAUGGCCAGCAGAAGCUGUAGCUGCUGCACCACCUUGACAAAAUGUUUGUGAAGUGGAAGAGGGACUGAGACAUGCCAUUUCAGAAAGAGAGACCCCAAAGCCUUUCCCAGCUCAUUUGUAGUGCUUCAUAUUUGAUGGGGCACAAGAGCAGUCUGUGACCAUUGAUGGAGGUCCUCUCUGAAUAAUGGAUGGCUCGCUUCUUUGUUAGUGUUUUGGCAUGAACAGCAUUCUUUAAUAAUGAAGUAGAAAGUCAGAGAACAGUGAGCAGUUUCACUGCGGUAUAAUUGACCUAAUUGACCUGAGAUCAGAUGCUGAUGUGAAGAAGGAUCUAUGGGAAGACGAGGUGUCUUGUCUCAAUAUCAUUUUGGUCUUGCUGGUGUAGGGUGUCCUUCAUCCCCAGAGCCUGUUUUGCAGGAGCUCAGCUGUGGAGGUCAGAUGCGUGGAAGAAACUCUCAAUAUUUCCCUUUGACCUUCUCAUCUACCCUUUUAUUUCAUUUGCGUCAACCAUGCAAAUCAAAUAAAAGCCAGAAAAUGAAUACGGCUGUCACUGUCACCUGUGUUGAGGCUGAGAUGUUUUGAGGAUCAAUGAGAUGAGAUGAUGAGAUGUAAUGAGAUGUAGAUGUUUGUAAUUUGAACAUGUAUGUAUGUAGUGCUCUAAAACAACACUAACCAUUAUCACAAAUUGCUCUGCUGAUAUUUUAAUUACUCGUUAAUUAAUAAGCAGCAACUCAUAUAAUCUGAGGCCUAACCUUAAAUGGAGACAUUUCAUGUUUUGCUGAAGAGUCCCACUGUACAUUAUGGGUUUUUUCACCAGUACAUGUGUGUGUUAAUGUGGCACCUGUUGUGUAGGACACAUAAUGUAGUAACAUAGUUAGUUGAUAAAAGAUUGUUGAUCUGUGAUAGGAUCAACAGAACUGUUCUUGCAAUGAUGUCUGUAAAUCUUACAUUAACAUGGCUUUCCAAAUCGAGAUAUCACAAUUUUAGCUACUUUUCCUUCAUAGUUUAACAAAUUAUUUCUCCCAUAUUUGGUACCUUGUCAAACUAUAUUUACUUGAAGAGCAAUCCAGCACACACAUGAAAAGGAUUCCUACCCAUCUUUCCUUUUCAUCUGAAUCCUGUGUAGUCACCAGUCAUCAUAUGUAUAUGAAUCCUGUGUUGUUACCAGUCUAUCACAUGCAUCUGUCUAGAUAUCUAACUGUGCUAUGACAGUCUGCAUCUAUAGAAGUUAUCACAGGAAUACACACACACACGUAUUGGUGCCCCCAGGGAUGUGCCCUAAUAUAGCACCAUCAGAUGUCUUCCCAUUCUGAACAGCUACUGCCAUGUGGCUCUGCCUAAGUCUUACACUGUAAUGAGACCAGACCUCGGUUUCAUAUGUAGUUGAAGUAAACGAGUUGAAGGAACGUGCCUGAUCAAACAUAACUUUGUUUAUUCUUUUUUUAAAUCUGUGCGGAGUAUAAAGAAUGUCAGGCAAAAUGUGUGUAUUUGAAAAUGUAACAUCAAAAACAUGAGAAUCAAGCGUGUGUGUGUGUGUGUAUCUGUGUCAGUCUCCGGGUAUAGAUAGAUAGAUGGAUAGAAUAAAUGUGUUAUUACACCGUCCUUCAAUAUGUUGCACAUAUUCUAAAUAUGGUAAAUGAAGGUGCAGUAUAACUGAGAUCUUAACAAUAUUUAAAAUGCACUACAUGUAUGUAAAUACUAAGUACUUGUGGGCACCAAAUACAAAGUGAGAGCCCACCACCUCCUAAUGUGCACAUGCAGGACAACAAAUUCUUCAAUUAUGUAUUUGACUAAAGUCAGAAUGUGACUCACAUUGAGUGUUUACUUUGGUAGUUCAGCUGGCUGCUGAGAAUAUAAAGCAGUUCGUUGCACAUUUGUGCUUUAUGUUUGGGUAUUUUUAAUAUUUAUGUGUGUGAUAUUUUUUAAAGCUAUGUUGAGGUAAUAUGAGGAUGACAAUGAUUUAUAAUGUGCAGAAUAUUCAGAAUUCACUGUGAAUUCUUUUUUUUUUACAAUGAUUUUGCUGUAAUGUUAUGCAUUUCCGGGUACCAUUCAUAUUUUGCUAAUGAGACUGAACUAAAUGGUUUGAUAUGUAGAAGUGUUACUGAGAUUUGUCAGUCUUCAGUCCUGAAUCCAUGCACCAAAAUGUGUGACUGAAGUUUCAUAUCGUGCUAAUGUAUGACAGACAAUCAAGUCGAGUGUCUCUGUUGCUGAUCUGUAAUGUCAGGUUGCAAUGAUUUUUUUUAGCUCCAUUGACCACCUGCUCUAACUUUGGAUCUCCUUCCCUGCAUCAUCAUCAUCAUCACUCGGUCAUUUUUAAAUAUGCUUAAAUAGAACAAAAUAUGUUUACUGUAUGGCCAACUAUUGUUUUACCAUAUUUGUUGUGCAUUGUGGCAUUAUGCUGCAUAAUGAGUUUUUUUUUUUUUUUUCAAUAUAUGGUUUCAUAUUCUGCCAAAUGUUAAGUGAGAUGUUCAUAAAGACAUAGGCCAUCGUUAUCAUUCUGACCCCUGAAACCACUGUUGUCCCGCACGAUGGGACUUCAGAUAGGCCUCUGAAGAAUGAAGUCUUGUCUUAAUAGAUCACAGCACCUACAAAAAUGAUCUUAUUAAUUCUCAGGAUUCUUUCUUAUGAACUAUGUGGUGGGAUUUUUUUUUGUAGGUUGUGAUCAUUAUUUUUGUUUCUCAUAAUGCUCCAGUCAGUGAGUAAAACUUUCAGCAUUGUGAAAAAUACAAAAAGAGCUUGAAUUAAACAAAAAUGUGAAAUGAUCUAAGAAAUAAAAGAAAGUUUAAUAGAUUUUAGGUUGAUUUUCUUUCA